CCUCGUGCCAGAAGAGCGCACCUACUCCGCAAGACUCUUGAUCAAUUAUUUGUAUGCAAGUGUCCGUCCGGAGGUCACUCUGGAGAUGGCCGCGAAUAGGGUGGGGAGGCGUUAUAACAAUAAGAUCCACUCACCGAACCGAGGAGCCAGCAGGGAAGCUGGACUGAGCGUGCAGAAGAGACAAGCCCGGGUCACUGUCAAAUAUAAUAGAAAAGAACUCCAGAGGCGUUUAGAUGUGGAAAAGUGGAUUGAUUGUGGACUUGACGAGCUCUAUCUGGGAAGGGAGGAAGACAUGCCAGAGGAGGUGAACAUUGAUGAACUACUGGAUCUUCAGAGUGACGAGGAGAGAAUGCUGAAACUUAAGGACAUUCUUCAUACCUGCAGAAAUAACACAGAGGUCUUCAUCAAAGAAUUGGUAAAUAAACUUCAUGGUCUGCAGAAACAAGAGGAUCUCCACAACAAUGGCAUCGAACAUCCCCAGCUUCACAUCUUUCCUGACCGCCAGGGAUCUUCUGACACUGAGAGACUCUGAGCAUGCUCCCAAAACACACACACACAAACACCUACACCCAGCGUAUGUUCGGUCCCUUAUAUCAAACAAGCUCAAUAUCACACACAGCAGCACAUGUGUGUGUCUUUUGUUUGUAAAGAAUAUAAAAAAAACCUAUGAAAACUUAUUUAUGUUAAAAGCAAAGAUGCUAGCUCUGAGUAAAACAACGACAGUUUGUGUGGUUCUUCACGCAAAAACCAGAUUACAGUACCUAUCCUUGUUUUUAACAGCCAUACACUUCUUCCACACUGCCUUGCCUACCAAACUUAUUUCUACCUUAACUGGCCCUUAAAAACGACUUCCUCUGGUGUGUCUCAGUUUGGUUUUAUUCAUAAAUAUUUAAUAAAACUAUAUAAUACUACAGACUUACAGAAAAACACAUUUUUCACACAUGAUCCCAAGUUUGACAAGAGAUUUUCAAUGAUGUACACACAAAGACAUGUUUCACGUGACCAUGUUUCUGUGCACAUGUGAAAUUCAAGUGGCUUUUCUGUAAGGGCAUAACGUAUAUUUUUAUCUGACAAAGCAUUUUCACAGUGGAUGAUAUUACUUUAGACUUUUACUUUCAAUUAUCAAACGCUUGUCGAGAAUUUUUAUCAUGGAGGAACAAUUAUUGUUGUGGAAGACUUUUGUUUAAGAUUGUACUGACUGAGUUUAUGGAUUUACCACAACUGGACUGGAAGAUUCUUGGCACAAUGGUUUUAAUAUUUUCAGUUAUGGUGGUUCCUUGUUGUGGUAUUUAUAAAUGUGGUAAGGGUUUGUAGACUUAACUUAUUUUUUAGAAAGAAAAUUGAAUAUCAAGGAUGAAUUUCUAAUAUUCCUUUUAAACUGACAGUUUAUGCUGUUAUAGUUAUGUUAUUAGCAAUGAAGGACUUUGUUGAAGACUUUUUAUAACAAAACCAUGAGGUAUUUUCUAUAGUUUUUGCUGCUAUACUGUUAACUGCUUCAAGCUUAUGUGACCAACAGUUAAAUGACUGAAAUCUGUGUUUGAAGAAAAUUUAUAGGAAUUGCCAAGCAUUUCACUUUCAGGUCUUUAUUUUUAUUUUGUUUAUUGUAUUAUUGUGUGUACAUUUGCAGACUGCCAGAAAUUUCACUCACUGUAUUUUUAGUUGCUUACAAUUCUGAAUUUGAAGACAUUCCAAGUAUAGAUUAAGAACCCUUAUUAACUAAAAUGUACUACAUUUAGUCAGUGCACAAUUUUAUAAAUGCUGGAUUACAUUUUUAUACAGCUGAACAAACAGUGUAUAUGACACGGAUUUUUAACAAAAUUCUCAGUUAAGAGAAGGUUCCACCCCAGACAUGAAUUUGAAGCAUUUUUUCCAAAUAAAAAGUGUCUGUACUUGA